AUGGGUUCCCUUCCGAUAGUCGACUUUGAUGCCCCAAGCGACAAGGUCUUGAGCCCAUCUGUCCUGGCCCAUGUCGUCUUGCGUACUCAAAAGUUCAAAGAGAUGGUUGACUUCUACACAACCUUCCUCGGCGGCCAUAUCACCCACGGAAAUGACUGGAUAGCUUUCAUCACCUACGACCAUGAACACCAUCGUAUCGCACUGAUUCAGCUUCCCGAUACUGGGCCCAAGGUCCCCACCAGCUGUGGCUUGCACCACAUCGCAUUCUCUUUCGCCAGCAUGUCGGAUCUCCUGCUGUCAUACUGCCAUCGUAAAGCCAGGGGUAUCCUACCGUUCUGGAGCGUCAAUCACGGCACAACAACCUCGAUCUACUACAAGGAUCCAGAUGGGAAUAUGCUGGAGACCCAAGUCGAUAAUUUUGACACAUCUGCUGAAUCCACCGAGUACAUGAAGAGCAAGUCAUUCGCAGAAAAUCCGGUGGGGGUGGAUUUCGACCCCGAGGACUUGAUCUCUAGCAUCAAGAAGGGAGAGCCGGAGACGGACUUGAAGCGUAGAGCUGAUAUUGGACCCAGGGGACCGCCAAAUCUUGAUGACAAGUGA